CAACUUGACGCCGUGGUUUACAUCCGGGUCACUAACGUCAGCGUCCUAUUUGUAAUUUAACGGAAUGGACGACAUGUUACAAUUCAUGAAACUAGUCGGACAGCUAAAACGUGUGCCACGAACAGGAUGGGUGUACAGAAAUGUCAAACAGCCUGAGAGUGUGUCUGAUCAUAUGUACAGAAUGUCUAUGAUGGCAUUAACCAUACAAGACAUCACUGUCAAUAAAGAAAGAUGCAUGAAGCUGGCUUUAGUUCAUGACUUGGCUGAGUGUAUUGUGGGAGAUAUUGCACCAGCAGAUAAUGUUAGCAAAGCAGAGAAGCACAGAAGGGAAAAGGAUGCAAUGGUGCACAUCACAGGCCUGUUAGCUGAUGGCUUACGGAAAGAGAUUUACAGCUUGUGGGAGGAGUAUGAGACUCAGUCCAGUCCAGAAGCUAAACUGGUGAAGGAGUUGGACCAGCUGGAGAUGAUAAUACAAGCUCAUGAGUAUGAGGAGUUAGAGGGGAAACCUGGAAGACUGCAGGAGUUUUUCACUUCCACUGAAGGGAGGUUCCAUCAUCCGGAGGUGUUGGGUCUGGUGAAGAGUUUGAAUGAGGAGAGAGCUCGACACAUCGCUGCUAAAGGAGAUAAUGAUACAGAGAAGACCACUGACACAAACCCUCACACCCUAGCGACACCAUGAUCUCAGUUCCUGUCAGGCUAUGAAGCUACCUCCACACAUCUGGACACAAGAGUGUUUAUUUUGGCCAGAUUAACUGUGUUUUAUUCUAAUCUUAUUUAAUUGCACAGAAGCAUGGUUUGCUGUUGUUCGACGUUUGUGUCUUGUUUGUUUGAAUGCUCUGCAGGACGCAAUUUGUUUCCACGGUUGCAGUUUUGAUAAAAAUUCAUUCUUUUUAUUUAAACCAAAAUGAAAUGUGUAUUUUGAUCAGCAUUUACUGCCUUCCGGUAACUGAUGUUUCAAUAAAAAUAGUAUUUCAUAUCA